GACAGAAACUCUAGAGACAAAGCAGCAGUUGUGUAGUUAUCAGUCUUUUUGUUUUCUGCCAUCAGUUUUAGUUCAACAUUUUAUUAAGAUCAUUAACAGCUUUUGAUUUAGAGGAAGAUUUUUUUUUUGAUAUCACUGUUUAUGUCUUAACAUUUGAUGUCUACUUUUCUGCGAUUUUGUCCUGGGAGCUGCAACAAAAACACCAAAAACUGUCUAACCAGCUGGCACAGAUUGUUACAGAUUCAUGGAGAAGGCACUGACAGUAGUUCUGCCUCUUUUUCUUACACUUUGUGUGAACGUGCCAGAAGUUGGCGGACAGAAGGAGGGAUCCCAGGAUGACAACAAAGGUUCAUCACGUUCUUCAGAAACAAAAACAGGCCGGUGCUCUUACACCUUCAUAGUGCCUCAGCAGAAAUUGACUGGGGCGCUGUGUCUGAACACGCAGCCUGCUCCUACCAACCAUUCAGAAGUGUCAGCCUUAUGGGCAGAGCUCAAACGACAGCAGGAACUACUAGAGAAGCUAAGAAGCCAACUGGAGCAGGAAGGGGCCCUUGCCAUUGAAGUAAGGGCCUUGCGCAAAGAGAGCAGCAGUAUGAAUUCUCGCAUCAGCCAGCUCUAUGCUCAGCUGCUACAUGAAGUUAUAAACAAGAAAGAUCAGGCCUUGGAGCAGCAAAAGGUGGAGAACCUUCUGCUAAAUGCGACAGCACAGGCACUGCAGGUGUCCAGGGAUUACAGGGAGCUGGAGAAGAAAUAUGGAGCCCUCACCUCUAUGAUGAGUUCACACAACCAGUUUAUUGCCCGUUUGGAGAAGAAGUGCCAGUGCAGGGACUCUGCCCAGUCCCCUCAAGUCGUUACUGAACCACCCAAAAGCCAGUCAAAUGUGCAUCUGAAUUACAGUUCUGAAACCAACCAAAUGACCAAUGAUGUUCAACGGGACCAAAGUGCUCUCCCAUUAGAGCAAGCUCAAACAGGGGGAGUUCCUUUCCAUCCCCCCACUGCCACCAGCAGUCCUACAGACCCUUCCUUCUUUAGCUUUCCUGUCACAAAAACUCCAGGGCCAUGGCGGGACUGUCAGCAUGUGUUGGAAUCAGGUGAAACUACCAGUGGGAUCUAUUUGCUCCGGCCGCAGAGUUCCAACCGACUCCUGCAGGCCUGGUGUGAACAGAGUCAAGCUCAGGGAGGGUGGACGGUCAUCCAGAGGAGACAAGAUGGGUCAAUCAACUUCUUUAGAGACUGGGAACAGUAUAAGCAAGGCUUUGGGAACCUAGAUGGAGAGUACUGGCUUGGUCUGGAAAACCUGUACUGGUUGACCAAACAGGCUCAGUAUAAGUUGCGGGUGGCCCUGGAAGACUGGCGUGGCCGGCAGGUGUUUGCUGAGUAUGACAGCUUCUAUGUGGAACCAGAGAGCGACUGGUAUCGACUGCGGUUGGGACUGUAUCACGGCAAUGCAGGGGACUCCCUCUCCUGGCACAGCAACAAGGCCUUUACCACUUUGGAUCGAGACAAAGACAGCUAUGGCGGUAACUGUGCUCAUUAUCAGAAGGGAGGCUGGUGGUAUCACAUGUGUGCCCACUCCAAUCUGAAUGGUGUGUGGUAUCGUGGUGGACACUAUCGAAGCCGGUACCAGGAUGGCGUUUACUGGGCAGAGUUCCAUGGAGGAUCGUACUCCCUUAAACGGGUUUGCAUGAUGAUCAAACCCAAAUAACAAGGUUAUCUUAUGGACAUGUGCAAAGGAAAGACAUGAUGUGGAUGAUCUUCACAUAUGUGCAGAAAGAAUAAAACAAACUCUAUUUGUAACUCUACGUUUAAUAAAAAGGAUAUUUUAAAA